UUCUUCAGACGUUGUUAGACGCUUUUAGAGGAUGAGGAAAAGCAGAAUGCCUCUUGGGUGGGCCACCGUAUGGCUCUUCUUCUGCUUCGGACCACUGACAUCACGAUCUGUAAUUAUUGAGACCAGCUCACUAAUGCAGAACAUAACAGAUGUGAGUCCGUUGCAUAACGGCCAGUUCUGCAGCACAUGGGGCAACCACCACUUCAAGACCUUCGACGGAGAUUUCUUCCAGUUUCCCUUCGCUUGCAACUACGUCCUAACGUCCCAUUGCAGGAGUGACUACGAGGACUUCAACAUUCAGCUCUCGCGGCAGCAGGUGGACGGGGUGGCCUCCAUCAAGAGGGUCAUGAUGAGGCUGGACGGGGUCCUGGUGGAGCUGGCCAACACCACCCUCACCGUCGAUGACAAACAGAUCACAAUCCCCUUCAGCCAGUACGGCCUCUCCAUCCAGAGGAAGGGCUCCUACGUCCGCAUCGAAGCUAAGCUGGGUCUGGUUGUCAUGUGGAACGAAAACGACACUCUCUGGGUUGAAAUGGAUGAAAAAUACAUGAAUCAAACGUGCGGCCUGUGCGGCGACUACAACGGCGUCCAGCUCUACAACGAGUUCAUCAGUCACGGUGUGGUGAAGGGCACCCUCAACUAUGGGACUUCCUGGAAGGUCGACGCUCCCACCGAAACCUGCAUGGAAUCCCACCAGGAGCCCACCGCCUGUGCCGAUCAGACCAACCGGUGCAUGGAGCUCCUGUCAGAGCCCGCCUUCCUCAGCUGCCAGGACCUCCUCAACAUGGACGCCUUCGUGGAGGCCUGUGAGAAGGACCUCUGUCACUGUGGCAACGGAAGCACCUGCCUGUGUCCCACCAUGGCGGAGUUCUCCCGCCAGUGCGCCCAUGCUGGGGGGACGCCCCUGCCCUGGAAGACCGCCGAACUCUGCGCCAAUGAAUGCCCCUUCAACCUGGAGUACAUGGAAUGUGGCAACACCUGCAGGGCCACCUGCGCCCAGCCCGAGAGCAGCCAGCCGUGUGAGGAGCACUGUGAGAGUGGCUGCUUCUGCCCAGCCGGAAUGGUGUUUGACGACGUCACUCAGAGUGGAUGUGUGGCUCUGCAGCUGUGCUACUGCCAACACAACGGGAAGGCCUACGGGCCCGGGGAGUCCUUCUCCGGACCAUGUCGCACAUGUACCUGUACCCUGGGCAAGUGGAGCUGUCAGGAGCACGAGUGUCCAGCCACCUGCUCCUUCCUGGGAGGAUCCCACAUCACCACCUACGAUGACAAAAGCUAUACCUUCCAUGGAGAAUGCACCUUUGUACUCUCCAAGGAUAUAAAUGGCAGUUAUAUAGUUCUAGGGGACAUUGCCAAAUUGAGUCAAACGGACACAGAGAGCCUGAUGGCCGUCACACUGCUUUACGGAGCAAAGAGGAAGAUUAAGAUCGAAUCUACUGGAAAGGUAUUUUAUAACCACCUGGCCCACGAGUUACCCCUCAACAUUGAUAACAUAACAGUCUUCAGGCCAUCAACCUUCUUCGUUGUUGUCCAUGCGGUCGACGGACUCCAGCUCGAGAUACAGAUAGUUCCAACAAUGCAACUCUACAUCAAAGUGGAUGUUUCCUAUAAAGGACAGCUACGAGGCUUAUGUGGAGACUUUAACGACGUGGAAGCAGACGACUUCAAGACAACCAACGGGAUGAUUGCGGGAACGGCUGCGACGUACGCCAACACGUGGAGAGCCCAGCCCAGCUGCCCUGAUGUCACCAACCGAAUCAGCAACCCCUGCAGUCUGAGUGUAGACAAAGAGAGAUACUCCAAUUACUGGUGUGCCUUGUUGUCCGACGCCAACGGUAUUUUCGCUCCGUGUCAUUCAGAGAUUGACCCAUCGGUUUACGAAGUUGCUUGCCUGCACGACACGUGUCUCUGUGAGAGGAGCGAGGACUGCAUGUGCGCCGCACUCUCCUCCUAUGUGCACGCGUGUAGGGCCGUGGGCGUGUCCCUGAAGGGGUGGCGGAACACCACCUGCACAAAAUACUCCAGCAGCUGCCCCGAGGGUUUGGUCUACUCCUACCGCCUGACCGGCUGCCAGCCGUCCUGCCUCGGCCUCAGCCAGCCCCAUGCGUCCUGCCAGGUGGCCUUCAGCCCGAUGGACGGAUGCGGCUGUGCUCCGGGGACCUACCUGAACGAGGAGGGCCGCUGUGUGCCCGCCUCGCAGUGCUGCUGCUACGAGGGGGACGUGGUGAUCCGCCCCGGACAGACACACUGGAAACAGGGAACCGCCUGCACCUGUAAGGACGGAGUGCAACAUUGUGUUGGCAAGGCAACGUCAUGUACGGCUCCCAUGGUGUUUUUCAACUGCUCGGGGCUCCAGCAAGGCGCCAGGGGGUCUGAAUGCCAAAAGAGUUGCAGGGCUGAGGACUCUGAAUGUAUCAGUGAUCGCUGCGUCUCGGGCUGCAUGUGUCCUGAAGGCUCACUGACCGACGGUGCAGGAGGCUGUGUCAAGGAGGACCUCUGUCCCUGUUUGUACAACAGUGUCUCCUACACCCCGGGACAGACGGUCAAGGUGGACUGCAAUACCUGUGAGUGCAGAGCGAGAAAAUGGGAAUGCACGACUCAUGAGUGUGACGGAAUCUGUACCAUCUACGGCGAUGGACAUUACAUCAGCUUUGACGAGAAGAAAUUCUCCUUCAACGGUGACUGUGGAUACACCUUCGCGCAGGAUUACUGUCAUGGUGAAAUGAGCAACGGGACGUUCCGGGUGGUCACGGAGAACAUACCGUGUGCAAGCAUCGACAGCACCUGCUCCAUGGCCAUCAAACUCUACCUUGGGAACACUGAGAUCUUGCUGUCUGAUGAAAAGAUUAAAGUUAUAAAACAGAGCCAUGAAGCAGAAAUACCGUAUCAGGUCCACAGCAUUGGGAUCUACCUGGUGAUCGAGGCCAAGAAUGGUCUCAUUCUCAUCUGGAACAAGAAGACCACGUUGAUGAUCAAGCUCAACCCCUCCUAUAAGGGACAACUAUGUGGUCUUUGUGGGAAUUAUGAUGGCAGUGUGAAGAACGAUUUCACCACCAGAAAUCAUGAGGUGGUGGCGGAAGCUGUUCAGUUUGGAAAUAGCUGGAAAGUGUCUCCUACUUGCCCCGACGUAGACGCUAUAAAGAGGCCAUGCCAGUUGUACUCCCACAGGCAGGCUUGGGCCCUGAAGCACUGCAGCAUCAUCAACAGUGAGGUCUUCGCUGCAUGUCACUCACAGGUGGAUCCCACAAACUAUUAUGACGCAUGCGUGAAAGACACGUGUGCUUGCAACUCCGGAGGAGACUGUGAAUGUUUCUGUUCAGCAGUGGAAGCAUAUGCAGCGGCCUGUAAUAGGGCUGGGGCCUGUGUGAGAUGGAGAACUCCCUCCAUUUGUCCCCUCUUCUGUGAUUUCUACAACCCCAUUGGCGAAUGUGAGUGGCACUACGAGCCGUGCGGUGACACAUGCCUGAAGACAUGCAAGAACCCCACAGCUACGUGCUCCAGUCAGAUCCCUGCAAUGGAAGGCUGCUAUCCGAGGUGCCCUCCUGAUCAGCCGUACUUGGAAGAGAGGACCAUGAAGUGUGUGUCCAAUCAGCAGUGUGGUUGCUAUGACAACAACGACAAACAUUAUGAGGAAGGAGAUACCAUGCCCUCGGAGGGGAAUUGUAAAACAUGUCGGUGCUCAUCAACACAGAGAACGUGCAAAUAUGACGUGCAAGCUUGCAUCUGUAUAUACAAUGGGAAUAAGUACCAUUAUGGGGCAACAAUAUACAGCACACAUGAUGGCGAUGGGGCCUGUUUUACUGCUGUGUGUGAAGAAGGUGGACACAUCAACAGGACCUUAACAAUUUGUCCGUUCACUACUCCUACUCCGACAACUACAACCCAGGAACCUACAACUACAAUAUUUACUUUUUCAACGUCUGGAGUGAUCACCUUCACCACAACAGUGCCACCAACAUAUUCCACCCUAACAACAAUAGAACAGUCUUCCACCACAACAACAACAGCACAGUCUACCACUAUAACAACAACAGAACAGCCUACCACAACCAGAGAACACCCUUCCACCACAACAACUACAGAACAGCCUACCCUUGGGGAGAAGUGGCAAACGGGUUGCCAGGAGUGUGUCUGUGCUCAGGACACCUAUGAGAUUCAGUGUGUCAACAUCACUUGUGAGGUGCAAGAGCCUGUGCCCUGCGACCAGCCGGGGGAGGAGCUUGUGACGAUCAGUGUGGACUGCUGUGACGAGUUUGAGUGUCUCUUCCAGGUCCGGUAG